AAAAAACGAAGAAGAAGAACACGACCGGAAGUAACGCAGCAGAAGAGCGAGAGAGAAACAUUUGUAAAGAUGGCGGAGAAAAGCAGCUCGGACCGUACGGAGGAUGUCAACAUGGAGAAAGACGUUGCUCCCGGAGCACCGGUGAUGGUGGUCACCGUCAAAACGCCCAAUGGAAAAGAAGACAUCUCCAUUCCAGAAGGUUCCUCCGUGUCCCAGUUCAAACAGGAGGUAUCUAAGAAGUUUGAGGCCCAGCAGGACCAGCUGGUGUUGAUAUUUGCUGGAAAGAUUCUGAAGGAUGGCGAUACGUUAAACCAGCACGGAAUCAAAGAUGGCCUCACCGUUCAUCUGGUCAUCAAGACUUCCCCAAAAUCGACCGGUGACUCUACGUCUCAGACAAGUUCCCGUUCUGCAACGCCUCAAACGAACAGCAGCAGCAGCACGAGUGCAGCAGACCGAGCCGGAAGUGGAACGAGUCCGACACCGACGCAACUUGCGAAUGCAAUGGGUGGACUGGGUGACCUGUCCGGCUUGUUGGGUCAGGGCAUGCGUUCAACCAGCUUCAUGGAGAUGCAGCAGCAGGUGCGGAGUCAGCUGAUGUCCAACACACAAAUGCUGUCGCAGAUAGCAGGCAACCCGAUGGUGCAGAACAUGAUGUCCAACCCAGACCUGAUGAGACAGAUGCUGGCAGGCAAUCCUCAGAUGCAGCAGCUCGUGGAACAGACCCCGGACAUCUCCAGCAUGUUCAACAACCCUGAGGUCAUGAGGCAGAUGCAGAGUCCCGAAACACUUUCUAUGAUGACCAACCCCAGAGCCAUGCAGGCCCUCAUACAGAUCCAACAGGGCCUGCAGACCUUGCAGACCGAGGCCCCGGGAUUCAUGUCCAGAAUUGCUCCUGGAGGUCUCUCAGUUCCUCCAGCCACAGGGGGCAGCAUCCCCCCAGAGGUCCCUCAGCCUGCUGCCAUGGCAACCGGAUCCAGCCCCUCCUCAGCCACCAGUCCCCCUGACCAGCAGCUCCUCCAGCAGAUGUUACAGAUGUUCGCAGGCGGAAGGCCACCAUCUCAGACCCCCGAGGUUCGCUUCCAGCAGCAGCUCGACCAGCUCAACACGAUGGGCUUCAUCGACCACCAAGCCAACCUGCAGGCACUCAUCGCCACGGGAGGGGACGUCAACGCCGCCAUCGAGAGGCUCCUGGCCUAACUCCCUCAGGGAGGAAGAUAGUGGACUGGUAAAGGGGAGAUUUUUAAAGAAGUUAACACGUCAAACGCAGACCUGACACCCAGAUAUCACUUAUUAUCUAGCUGAUCUGUAAACCAUAGGAAGUCUAAACGGGCAGGUUGACGAUGGUCCUCUGCUACAGCGACACCACGACCAUCACGGCCAAAUACCAAUAAGUUCCUCCUGCCAGUGCAGCCAGAGGUGAUUUCUGACAUGACAAGUGCUCGUUCACUGGAGGUUAGCAAGGAAUUAACUUUGAAUUGUUACUUGGAUUCACAUUAUUUAAUUUUAACAGAUUUUCAAAGUUUUUCAAAUUUGGAUGAUGUCUUCUGUGCUCUCGGCCUGUUUUUACAUGUUUCAUCCUCUUCCCUGGUAUUUAUCUAAGUUAUCUAUUCAAAGUUUUUGUUUUUCUUUGUUUUUGUUUAACCCUGACAGGUGCUUGGCAUUGCUGCCUAAAUGUGUUAGGAUUGGAUUUGGAUUCCAGGACCAAGUGUGUGUGCGUGUGUGUGUGUGUCUGUGUGUGUGUGCGUGCGUGUGUGUGUCUGUGUGUGUGCAUGUGUGGGGAGGGGAAAGAGGUUUGGCCAAUUGGAAAACUGUCAGAUUUUCUUCAGGUACAUUUGUCAGGUUUUUCAUUUGCAGAAUUAGCCAAAAUGGUAAUUUCCAUCUUUUAAUCUAUGAACUGUUCUACGAAGGAAACCCCAGAAACACAGAAUGGCCUUAAAAUCACAUGAACCGUCAUCCACCUUUAGUCAAGACCACGUCAAUGGAAUUCACUUUCCUCCAGAGGAUUAACAGUAAAUGCAUUUCCACUUCCAAACAUCCAAACAGAUUAUUUGUAAAUUAUAAAAUGGUGUCUCUAAGAAGUAUCAAUGCCCUAAUGUCAUUGUGAUUAUGGGUUACUCAAAAUAACUUGUUCAAUGCCAUUGUUGCCAUGAUGGGUUCUGCAAAAUAUUGCAAAAUAAUCUGUGAUAUCUAUUGUUGCAUGUCUCCCUCUAUGGAUAAAGUAGCCAACGUUUUUUUUCUUUCUCAAUCCAAUAAAUAAUUUGCAAGUUG